GAGUCUGGUUUAAGAUAAGGAAGAGGGACUGAGUGGAAGGCAAAAUGUUCAGCUUGUGCAAAAAUACUGAAAAUGAGGGGCAGUGACCAGAUAAAAAUGAAGAAAAGAAGUUCACUAAUGUGAGUGCACUGGUUUCAGCUCCAGUGGGGAUUAUGCAGAGUAAGUUUUUCCUGCAGGAGGAUAUGAUGAGCUCCACAAGAUGACAGCCGCAUCACAAAUGAAGAGACUGUGGAUUCUUUGUGUGGUUUUGAUCACUGCAGCUGAAGAGGACAUUCCAUGUCCAAAAGGUAGUCGGAUCCACCUGGCUAGCUGGCGAUGCUAUUGGCUCUCUGAGGUGAUAUCUUCAUGGCCUGAGGCACACGAUUUCUGCAGAGACACUCAGGGAGGAGAUCUGGCAUCUGCUGAAAGCCUUGAACUGCAAAAUUUCAUCCACAGCUCCUUUCCACUAAAAACCACUGUGUGGGUAUGGCUGAAGGGAUCAGGGGGAGAAGGGUCUGACCAGGCUGGGGUAGUGGAGUCAAGAAGUCCUGCAUGGUGGGCCAAAGGCAGUGACAGUCAGGGACUGUGUACUCAGAUGGCCUUGGGAACACGGGGACAGUGGAGGAAAGCUCAGUGUGCUGGACGAUACCUCUUCCUCUGUGAAAAAGUAGUGACUGAGUCUUUACCAUCUGUGGACAGCUACCUGACUGGAUUGGUUCUCAUGACCGGCAUCUAUUCUCAGACUCAGAUACACCCCAUUCCCAAUGUUCCAGACAUUGGACAACUCACAGUGGAGAUGCAGCUGUUCCCAGGGAUGUGGUUCAGUCAUGCUGGUCAGUUGGUAUCAGUAAAACUCGUGGUCCAGCCUAGCCCUGUGUCCUCUCUGGCACGUGUCCAAAUCCUCCGACCCUACUGCAAUCCCAACCACCACCUGGUUCCUCCAGGUUGCAGCUCUCUCCUUAAUCCAUUCAGCUGCUGCUCGGCACUACCACUGUGUAACACUACAGGUGGCUGCAGCAUGGGUCAGUACUGGUGCCACCUGAUGGAGGCCUGUGUGGACACCACCAGUCCCUGCAGCCCUUACGACUCUGCAGCAGGGGCGCGUGGCUUUGUUUUACCUCCUCGAUACCUUGCAUUACCACCAUUCUACCACCUGGUGGCGGACAUGCCACUGAGAAUAAACCCUACCUCUGAACUGAAAACUAUAAACGUUCUUCUUCCAGAUCGAGCGAUCAUGGUCUACCCUGAUGAUAUUGUGGCUAUACAACACACUCGUGACUCUGGAACAUUUCUGCAUUGCCUGAACAGUGAAGCCUCUCUAAACUCCCCUUGGCGCCAGAGUUACAUGUCCUUUAGGAGGACAGCAUGGGGAGGCUGGUGGGAGGGAGGCCUCACCUCUCUUCCCCAAGGAGGCCAGUGGGUGGAUGAGGUGGUAUGUGAUCUGAGGAUGCUGUACAUGGACAAUCUUCACAGAGGUACAGAGCAUGAUGAUAACUUUGACCUCACCAACACACAGACAACUACAGCCUCAAAUACUUGGACCCUAACAAAUAGACCUACUGAGAAUCUGAGAUCUAAAUUUGGGCUUCAUAUCAUCCAUCCUGUGCCAGAUGAAAAGAACCAGAUUCAUGUCCAAAUCAAUGUCCCAACACUCAUUGUUGUCAAGGUCCUGUCUGGCCAGAAAGCCAGGAGCUCGUGGUCAGCUCCAGUUCUUCAAACAGGAGUCCCCUUCCUUCCCUAUUGCCCUGAAGAGGUGGCUCGCUCUAGGCCUGUCUGUGAAAGACGGUCCAGUGAUGACUGGUUCUCCUCUGUGACUCUGGUGUUGCCUUCAGUGGGGGUUAAAACACUGAACAUCAGUGUGAUGGAUGCAGUAAGCUCUCAGAGUGUGAGUUUGAUGGUUUGUGGUUAUGAAGCAGUGACUGGACUUAGUGUUGAGCCACAUGGAUGCCUGAGGAUGCCCAUAGAAAUCCCACGGUCAUUUAUAGCCAAAUUGGAGAGUGGUUCCUCUGUAAAAUUCAUGUGGGUGGUUGACAACCUGGAGAAGUUUGCCCAUGAAGGAGAAUCUUACAGUGUAGUGUUCAAGAAGCCUGCCAAGUAUAAGCUCAAGGUAACAGCUUCCAACCCAGUGAGCUCCCAGAGCCAACAAAUCCUCCUGAAUGCCGAUGAAAUGACUGCAUUGGCUAAGCCAGAGUUCCUAUUCAGGAAUGUUGUAGCUGUGAAUGCUACACACCACUACGCCCUCAGGGUCAAAGUGGACAUCUCCCUGCCAGUCACUUUCAUAUGGGAUUUUGGAGAUGGAAAUAGCAAGGUGAUUCACACCCAAUCUGCUCCCUGUCAGACCAUGGAAGGGCUUAUGGAAAGAGAAGAAAAGCAAGUCUAUGUCGAGAACUCAGUGAACUAUACCUAUUCAGUCCCAGGUGACUACACACUUCAUGUCCAAGUCUCCAACCAAUAUGACAACACUGACGCAUCCAUGAAGAUAAGCAUCCGGCCUCAAUUAAAUCACCUCCUCAUUUCUUCUUCCCCUCCCGUACCCCUUGUCAAACAGACCUUCAUUCUGGAUGCUUUCGCAGAGCCCUCCACCGACGCUGUCACCUACACAUGUGACUUUGGCGAUGGCUCUGAAUCUGUCCAAGAUAUCCACAGUAAAAUCAGCCACACCUUUGAAUCUGCAGGGAUUUAUAACAUCACAGUUUGUGCAAACAACUCCUUAUCUGCCCUAACCACCUGGCUCAUGGUGGAAGUCAUGGAGAAAAUCUCUGGAUUAACUGUCAGCUGCAGUGGACCCAGUGAACUAAGUUAUGCUACAGAUUUCAGAGCUACAGUGACCACUGGUACAAGUCUCGUGUGGUUUUUUAACUUUGGUGAUGGUUGCAUGGAAGGAAACCUUACAAAUGGUUCAAUAUCCCACAUCUAUAAGUCACCAGGGAACUAUACAGUAGAUGUAACAGUCUCGAAUUCUGCCAGCCAAGCUCAUCAGUCUAUCAGCGUAGAGGUCUACAGAUUGGUUGUAAGUGGAGUUCUCCCUACAAAAUGUGUCAUGAGUGGAAGAGACAUAAAGCUUACUGCUCUGGUGAAUGGAAACAUAUCCACUCUGACUUUACAUUGGCUGUUUGGAGAUGGAUCACCCCUAACUGUGGUGAAGGGGCAGUCAACAGCCAUGCACAAGUUUCAAAGUCAAGGAAUUUUUCACUGUAGCCUGACUGUGUUUAGUUUGGUUACAUCUGUAAAAUUAAAUACAACUAUUUGUGUCGAAAAAGCAAUAACGAACAUGACGGUGCAGUCACCACAGGAAAUAGUGGCAAUAGGAGAAGAGGUGUGCUUCAGGGUGUUAAUUUUCCCUAAACAGAUGACAGGUUACCAAAUACAGUGGUUUAGCAGCCCCUCAAGUCUCAUUGCUAGGACAGAAGGCACUCAAAAGUGUUUAAUCUUUAAAGAUGAAGGUGUUGAAGAAGUAUCAGUCUUGGCAAGUAACAUGGUCAGCAAGCAAAGAGCAAAUGUUAGUAUUAUCAUUCAAAACCCUAUAAGUAAGCUGUCUGUGGCAUGUGAUAGUCAAAGUGACACACUGACGGUCAAUACAUCAGCAUCAUUUUGGGUUGCUAGUUGUGUUGGUAGCAAUGUAUCAGUAGUGUGGGACUUUGGAGAUGGCUCUCCGGUGGUGCAGAAACAAAAUGUGUCACAUGUCUUUACCUCGAUGGGUCAAUUCACAGUCAUCGCCACAGCAUUUAACGCUGUUAGUCGUGAUUCUGUGGCCCUUAAAGUGAAUGUUUUACUUCCUGUUUCAGAACUUUCACUUCACACCCAUCAGCCUUACGCUGUAGUAGGAGAGGAAACUCUUAUCUCAGCAGUUAGUAGUGCUGUCAGUAGCACCAACUACUCCUGGACUGUGGACGGUUUGACCUCAACCAAACAGGGGACUAAUCAGUUCAAAUUUAUCUUCUUGAAACAAGGAGUAUAUCAAGUUAGGGUUAUAGCACAGAACUUGGUAAGUAGAAAGGAGGCAGUUAUUUUAAUUGAGGUCUUUGAAAGAUUAGAGGGUCUUCAUAUUGAAUGUCAGAGCCUGACAAACAUGAAAUAUGUACCCACUCAAGAGGAACUGCUGUUUAUUGCUUCAGUCACUAAAGGCUCCAAUGUCACUUAUCACUGGCUUGCUACACAGAACGGAAUAAACCAACAAAUUACUGUUGAUGGAGAGCUUUUUCAUACGUUAGCUGAAACUCCUGGCAACAUUUCAAUUCAUCUGCAAGCUUCUAACAAGUUAGGUGAGGCCACCACCGUUCUCUUUUUACAGGCAGUAGAGCGUGUAACAGGUGCACACAUUGCAACACAAUCAAACAUUGUGGCAUUAGGAAAAGUAGUGAAUAUCUCUGUGUCUGUUAUUGCUGGGUCAGACCUAAAUUACCUUUGGUAUGUGAAAUCUGACCUUUCACCCCUGCUGACACAUGAACCCUUUCUUCUCCACACUUUUACAACUUUGGGUCUUUGUCAGGUUGAAGUUUUAGUUCAGAAUGUCCUCAAUCAUAGCAAUGUCACCAAAGAGUUUAAUGUUCAGGAAGAAAUCCAAGAGGUGGACUUUGAAAUUGAAGGAAAGAUGCAUCCAAUUUUUGUUCCCACAAGUUCUGAGGUUCAACUCCAUGGGCUUACUCAGAAAGGUAGUGAUCUGCACUGGAACUGGAACAUCAGAGGUGCUGAAAGCAGGCUUUUUAAUGUAACUAAGCAGACGUUUAUGUACUCUUUUCCACAUGCAGGCAUCUAUGAAAUAUCUUUGAAUGUCUCUAAUGGGAUAAAUUGGCAGAUGGUUUCACACAGUGUCAUAGUCCAGGAUGCAAUCAACGACCUAAUGCUGAACAUCACCAAGACUUCUUUGUGCACCAAGGAACAAGUUACUUUUAUUCCAACAAUUUCUAGUGGGAGCAAUGGAAGAUUUGUUAUAACAUUUCAAAACAAAGACUGGAUUUAUAGUCAGGAUAUUCUCGAAGGGCAGUUCACCACAUCAAGCCUUCCAGCAGGGACCCAUCUAGUCACAGUGAAAGCUUGGAACCAAGUCAGUACUGUAGAGGCAUCUUCCAGUCUUCUGGUCAAUGCGGAUAUUCAAGGUUUGCGACUUGUGAACUGUUGUUCUGCUGUUCUGGAGGCUCUGAAAGGAAUCCGGUUCAAGGCGGAAAUUCAAAGUGGACUUCCAGUCAACUACAGCUGGAUAUUUCACAUGGUGGGGUUUGAACCCACAUUGCUCAUAGGACAAGAAGUGAUCUUUACUCCAUCAGUAAGUGGUUCAUUGUCUGUUAGCGUGCUAGCCAGCAAUGGAAUCUGCUCUAAGGUGGUAAAUGAAACUGCAAUCGUUCAGUGGCCUGUUAAGAAAGUCAAGUUAUUCUGUUAUUCGGAAAGAAUAUUCGCUGGACUUCCUGUCAUGUUUUCUGCAAAAGUGAAUGGAGGGAGCAACCUCAGGUUCCUCUGGGACUUUGGCGACUCCACUGAAGAACUGGUGACAGACUUGAGCACAGUCAAUCAUACUUACUGUAUUUCAGGGAAAUACAGUAUUUUAGUCAACGUUCUCAACAGUGUCAGCAAUGUGUCCACACAGCUAUACUUGGAGGUCGAGGAGCCCCAGUGUUACAGUCCACAAGCUUAUCUUGUCCAGAACCAGUCUAUUAUCCUCAGGUCAAGACCAAGUUAUUUUGAAGCAAGCGUUGAUUUUAACUGCUCUGCUCACAAAACUACAUAUCUGUGGGAGAUACUCAAAGAAUCCAAUUGUACCAAUGCUAACCCUAAAUUCUCUGGAAACAAAGUCAUUCUAGGAGGUCGGGUAGAUGCAUCUUUACCAAUUCUCUUUAUCCCAAAGCAUAAUCUUGAUGUGGGACAGUAUUGCCUGGUAUUCACUGUUUCACUCCAGGGAACCCCUCUACAAGUCCAACGAAAAACUGCCAUCUCUGUGGUACACUCCCCGCUGGUAGCAGUCAUCAAGGGAGGCUCACACAGACUAUGGUCAAGCCUCAGUGAUCUUGUCCUGGAUGGAUCAGAGUCCCAAGACCUAGACAUGGAGCCAGGAGUGGAUGAUACACUGCAAUAUGACUGGACCUUCAUGAUAUUGAACUCCACAGAGUCUCAUUCGGUCAAGCAGCCCAUUGGGAGUAACAGCAGUAGGAUGACUGUACUCAGUACACAGCUGCACCCGGGCACAGUCCACGUUUUUACUCUUACUGUACACAAAGCAGGGAGAAGACCUGUCUCUGUCAACCAGACAGUGACUGUGUGUGAAGCUCCUGUGCUUCCUGUGAUGGUGGAAUGUGUAUCCUGCGUACCCCUGUCCUCUGUCCACCACAUUAGUUACACUUCCCACAUCAUCCUCUCAGGACAAUGUGGACAGUGUGAUGAUCAGGCUCAGUACAAAUGGAGUGCUGUAGACCAGACUGGCAUGGCCCUUGACCUUAACAAGGUCUCGACCUCUGCAGUGAGACACUCUCCGAACCUGAAGAUGUGUUCAGGUCUCCUACAGCCGGGACAGAGUUAUACCUUCACUCUUAGUGUUUCCCAGCCUGACAGAGGACAGUGGGGCAGUGCCAGCAUGACAAUACUACUUGACAAUCCACCACACGGAGGGCUGUGUGAUCUCAUUCCAGAGCCAGAUAUACGUUUGCUGGAGACCAUAAUCACCUACAACUGCUCAGGGUGGCAGGAUGAUGAAAGCAUGGGCUCUCAGCUGAUCUACACCUUACAGGUAGCACCAUGCCAGCCGGUUGGCCCCCUCUGCCCCCUACUCACUCUGUAUAGGGGUACUCGUUCAACAUUUAGUAGCCUGGUUCCAAUGGGAAGUCCUGGGCAAGAAAGAAGCAUGUCAGUUAUCAUAGUUACAGUGCUGGUAGAGAACCAUCAAGGGUCUAAGGUCAUUGCUCUAAACAGAACAUUAACAGUUCAAAUUCCUGUGAGGAAUGAAGAUACGGGUCAGUGGCUCAGAAACAAGAGCCAGACAGAACUGUGGACUUUAGUCCAACGUGGCAACCCUCAAGAGAUCAUCCCUUAUUCCAUUGCCCUCACCAGUCACCUCAAUCAGAUGGAGUCUGGACGGACUGCCAUGGGGCACAUGGACAGAAAAGAGAUCCGGAAAAAUGUGACCCAGGUCCUUGCCUCUCUACCUGUGUCCUCCUUGCUGGAUGUUGAUCAGAUCAGCUCUGCGUUGUCACUCUGUACUGCUGUUCCGAGUGAACUGGUAUGUGAAAACUGCCAUGAAAAGGUUCUGGAAGUUGUGGGGAAGAUGAUCCAUGUACUGGAAGAACAGAUGAGUCCUGGUGUUUUGUCAGCUGUUGAAACAGGAAGGAACAUCCUCAACAUUAUAGGUAACACUCUGGCUGCUAUGUCUGAGUCCAUCAGUGCUUCCAGUUCUCAUCUAGCCUACUCAAGCACUCUGCAAUCAGCUUCCACACUCACCCUGUCAGCACUGGGUCAUGCUGGGACUCUAAUGCGUGCUCUGAUACAUUCACAUGCUCUUAGAGAGGAACCCCUUUUGUUUUCCACACCUUAUAUCAAUGCACUGGGCUUCCAAGGAGAACUCUCCGACCUCCUCUGCACUUACCAGUCCAACCAAAACCAGAUAAUCCCCUCUCAAUCAUCAUCAACUGACGAAUCAAAGAGUUCUCUCCCAUGUCAGUUUCAUAUCCCCACCUCCCUUACUGCUCACCUAAAGAGUCUGGUGUCUGAUGUGGUGCAGGUGCUGUUUGACGUGGAUGCAGAAUUGGCUUCCAGCCCUUUGCUAGCUGAAGCUGACCCUCCAAUUUCCACUGCUUUGGUUGCCAUGGAGCUCUCCACACCUCAAGGCAAACCCAUACCCAUCCAGGAUCUGCACUCUGAACAGGCUAUAAGGGUCACUCUGCCCAACAAGUACCCUGUGGGACCAGACAGUGGGGGUGUAGAUGAGAGGGCAGAUGAAGCUGGGAAUGGGACAUGUCUCACUGUAACUCUCCCCAGUGAAGGAAAGUUGAACCUCACAGUCAAAGCUGUGGAUGGACUUGCAGGAAAUGCAGGUUUAUAUAUCUCCUUCAACUUCAGCUUGGACCCAGGAGCUACUCCAGUGAGUCUGGGACAUGUCAAGAUUGAAGUGAGUUCUACACUGCCAGGGACUAAUGCAUCUGAGGAUUCCCUUGUGAGAGAGAGGACUCUCACUCUCUCUGCUCCAACCACCUCCACAUUGGAAUCCAUCUUUCUGUCUCCACUGUUAAACAGGACAGCCAAGACUCUCUCUGUCAGCCUGUCCUCAUCUCUGGGCGACGGUGGUCCGGUCCAUGUGUCAGUGUGCGUCUUCAGCUCCCUGUGCCAGUACUACAGUGUGAAGCACAGGCGCUGGAGCAGUGAGGGUCUGCAGCCACUAGAGGGCAGCACACUUCACACAGCACACUGUCUUACCCACCACCUCACCAUGUUUGGGGCCAGUUUGUUUGUUCAUCCUGGGGCUGUUGUUCUGCUGCCACCGUCAGGAGGUCCCGUGCAAAACAUGGUGGUGGGGAUUGUGUGUGCUGUCCUGGUUCUGAUUCACCUGCUGGUGGCGCUCAUUGCCCAUAAACUGGACCACUUGGACAACUUGAGACUGAGCCAGGUCCCUCUGUGUGGCCGACCAGGGCUGUACCACUACAGAGUGCUGGUCAAGACUGGCUGGAGGAGAGGAGCAGGCACCACAGCACAUGUUGGCAUCAGUCUGUACGGUGUGAACAAGAGUGGAUCUCGACAUCUGCAGAGGGAUGGAGCUUUUCAGCGUGGCAGCCUGGACCAGUUUCACCUGGAAACAGAUGACAACCUGGGAGAAAUUUGGAAAAUUUGCAUUUGGCACGACAAUACCGGUUUGGACCCAUCCUGGUACGUUCAGCAUGUGGUGGUUUGGGACCCCCAGACAGACCACAUGUUCUUCUUCCUGCUGGAGGACUGGCUUUCUGUGGAGAAUCAGAAGAACGGCUCUGUGGAGAAGGAAGUUCUAGCCUCAUGUCCCGAGGAGCUUUCUCAGUUCCGACGUGUCUUCGCCUCUCAGCUGAUGUUUGGGAUGGUUGAGCGCCACCUGUGGCUGUCGCUGUGGGAACGCCCUGCCCACAGCCGUUUCACCAGGGGUCAGAGGGUCACAUGCAGUGCCCUCAUGCUGCACCUGUACCUGGCACUGGGCGCUCUGUGGUAUGGGGCUGUUGGCACCAAGGGCCACAGUGGACCGGUGUCAGCCCGACUACUGGUUAACAUGGAGACGGUUGCUGUUGGGAUGACUGUUGCUGUACUGGUUUUUCCUCUCCAGUGUUUCCUCUGUUUCCUGUUCAGGAAAGCUCACAGUCAGGCAGCCGUGGACAUGUCAGUUCCUCCUUCUCCUGUUUGUCACUCUGUGGAGAUGGACGUCCACCUCGGUCAAUCAGAGUUCUCCAGACCUUCCUUCAUGUCUCUGCCAGAGUCCUCUGGCCCAGUCAGGGACAGUCCUUCAUCUAGCAAAGCAUUUGACUCCAGCAUCCUAGAUUUUUGGGCAGCGUCUGGCUUGGUUCCACAGACAGAUGGAGCAUGUCGAGAGGAGGGCAUAAGGACAUGGCCGUCCUGUGACAGCCUCCUCAAUCCACCAGUGGGCUCAUACCUCAUCAGUCCAACCCCAGCCACAAACGUGUGCAGGACUUCACCUUCUCUUGGCCCGAUACGCCAGCUGAAGAGAAAAAAGGCCCUCACACAGCUUCGCCUGGCCUCACCCUCCACCUCCGCUCUUCUCUCUCCCCUUUCAAAAGACAUCUCCACUUCCCAACAGUCCCAUGAUACACUAGGCCAAAAGGUCUUUGCCAUGAAUGCCCACUCAGUGCAAGCUCAUAACCACAAUCUGACAACCUUUCUGACACUGUCUGAGGAGGAUCUGCUGAUGUCUAUAGCAGCAGCAGCAGAGGACACAGCAGAUAUAACUAACAGCAACUCAGACAGCGGCCGGGAUUCCCCCAGAGACUCCUCCUCGCUGUCACACACCCGGAGCACCUCCUGCAGCAGCUGGACAGAGCAGAGUGAGGAUAAGUCCCUGUAUGGUGCAGAAAUCCACCAGCCAGAACCAGAACUCUACAAAUGUCCCUCUGUGCUAUCCGUAGACUCCGUGGCCAGCACCUUCCUGCCGAGUCCUUCUCCGGACUCCACACGCUCGCCCUCCACCACGCGCAUAGGCGUCGCUCGAGGUCAGCCCAGCUGGCUGCUCCCUCCAUGGGCAGUGUGUGUGGUUUACCCCCUGGUGGCUGCAGUGCUAGGAGCCUGCCUGGCUGUGGUCGGACUCUACGGCAGCUUCUUGUCCAAAACAGCAGUAUUCAUGUGGCUGGUAUCAGCUUUCUCUGCCUUUCUCACCUCUGCUCUGCUUCUGGAGCCUCUCAAGGUGUGUGUGCAGGCCUUGAUCUGCACAGCACUGUGGAGGCCUGUGGACCCAGAGGUGGAGGACCAGCUGGCUCAGGAGAUCACCGUGGUGAGGACAUUUGGAGAACACAGCAGGAAGGUUCGGCCACCGUGUGGCUACGGGCUGCUGCAGGCUAAAGAGGAGGCCCGCAAAGUCAGGGCUCUUCGAUCACUUAUGAGGCACUGUGUGUGCCAGCUGCUGUUUCUGUUGCUGUUGCUGAUGGUGAACUACCAGGACAGCUCAGAACAGAAGCAGGGCAGGCUGCUGCACUCCGCUGUCAGACGACGACUUCACACAGCACCCCUAGGGGUCCGUAACCUCACCUCACUCAGAGACUGGUCAGAUGCAGAGCAGUGGAUGAUCCACACCUUGGUUCCACACCUACACCAGAACCCCACGUUGGGCCUUGUUGGAUUGCCACGGCUGCAGUACACACACACUCUCAGUCAUCUGACAAGCGUCUUCCUGGGAGACAGCAUUGUAAAAACACACCAGCUUCUAACUGACCUGCGCAUGGCAGACUGGAGGAAGACACAGAUUAAAACUCUCUCCGUUGACUUCACACACUCCCACAGAGAGUCUGGUUUAUUUGUGUGUGUGUCCAUACAGCUGGAGUGGGCUCAGGAACAGAGAGUCACACCUUUUCUUUACGUACAUCUACUCCUCAUCCCUUCAUCCCUCUCUGGAAUGGACCUCCAGGUGGCACUUGCGGCUCUUCUUCUCAUCUCUGCUCUCCUCAUCUUGUUUGGAGAACUGUGGUCCAUGGCUAAUGAGCGUGCCCACUGCCUGCGUCAAUGGAGACACUGGUUCCAGCUUUUCUUGGCCUUGCUGUCCCUGACAACGUCUAUCCUGCAGUUCUGCUUCCUGUUCCAAGCCACUUCCUGUGUUUCCAAGGUAAGAAAUAAAAAUUUAAUAUCCAGUGUGAUUGGUGUUCCAGCUACUGGGGACCUUGAGGUUUGUGCGGCGAUGGGUGGUGUUAGGCCGAGUCCUACAGCGAGUCUGGAGGGAGCUGUGGGCUCUGACUGUCCUACUGCUGUUGCUGCUGCUGCUCUGCACUCACCUUGGACACACAUGGAAGGUUUCCUGUCAGUGCAACAGACUGGUGUCUCUGUGCUGUCCAUUCUGCGUGGCCGGAUGGCUCUCCGAAGAUUAUGCAGGGUCCACCCAGUCCUGGGCCCUGUCUAUGGGCUACUACUGAUGGGGGGAGCUAUUUGGCUCUUGGCCAGACUUUGUGGAGCUGUUCUCAUCCGCACAUACAGGUCAGAACAGGCAGAGUUGUACCGCCCAACCAUUGAACCUCAGGACUAUGAGAUGGUGGAGUUCUUCAUCAAGAGACUCAAACUGUGGAUGGGACUCACCAAAGCUAAAGAGUUCAGGCACAGGGUGAAGUUUGAAGGAAUGGACAUUCCUCCUUCUAGGUCCUCACAGGAAUCCUGUCUCUCCACCUUGUUUUCCACCCUCCCCUCUUCCAACUCUCCUUCCCUAUCCUCCUCAUUUUCAUCCCCCCGCCCCCUGUCCUCUGCUCUCUCUAUGAAAUCUGAUGAUUUGUUGGUGCCUGAGCCUGGGUUUGACGUUCAACCCUACUUGGAUCGCCUGCUGCCCUGUCUCAGUGCGCUGCUCUCUCGUUUUGAUCAGGUCAAUCAGAUUACUGAGAACAUUCACAACCUGGAAAUGGAACUGGAAGAGGCUCAGACAAGAAGAAGAAAGAGGUGGAUCAGUAACAAGGACAAAGGUGAAGAAAGAUUUGAAGGGUCACUAAAGUCAAAGGAGGAAGGAAAAGGAUGGGAAACGGGAGAUGUUAGACUCAGGAGAACAGGUCUUCUUCACCUGAAGCCACGAAUCUCACUUCCAUCAUCAUUUUCUUUCACUCCCUCUGCAUUUCACCACUCCCCUACGUCCAUCUGCAUCCUUCCUCGUACACGUAGCACCUAUUCUGAGUCUGAAGCAGUAACAUUUCAGCCUCAGGCAUCAAGCAACAACCAUACUUCUGAAGCAGACAAACUUGCAUCUGGGGUUUAUGGUUUGUAUCCUGCAGGUUCUCCUGGCUUUGGCAGGUUCCCUAAGAGAAGAGCUUGGCAUUCUGGAAGCUCUCAUUCAGCUGAUGCAGCUCAUAGGAUCUUAUUUACCCAAGGUGGAGUUGCUGCAUAUGGCAGUGGAGGAGAAAGCUUUACAUUCACCUACACCAGACCCUGGAGCGAAGAAGGAGCAAGAAGGCAUAUCACUGAAGGAGUCCCUGUAAAGAGGAAGGCUUGGAUCUCUGAUGGAUCGGAGGCUGAGCAAGACUAACCAUGUGCUUAUGCAGGAAGUGAACGAGUUCAUAGAUGUUAUUCUCACCAUAACUGUGCAGAUGCUCUGAGUGGAUCUCUGUAGGGGUUUGCAACUAGAAAGUGCAUUAGUUGCUUUUGGUGAUGCAUGAUGUAACACUUGUUUGAUGAGUUCAUGUAGUUUGCAAGCAAGUGAAAGUUAAAGGGCCCCUUAGUUUGCAUGAAGGUCAACUUACUCAUCAUGGGGGCUACCGCUCAGCUUGUUAAAAAAUACUUGUGUGAUGUCUUUUGUGGUUCUGAAGGAAUUUUGCCAAGUCUGAGAAAAUAAUCACAGAUGAUGUAAUUCGAGGUAUCUUGGCUUGGACAUGGAAACCACUGCCAUUUAAAACAAAGCCUGUUUAAACAAGGAGAGUGGAGUUUGAUAGAUGUGGACAUUUACCAGAGAGAGUCAUGUUAUUGCUUUUGCUGCUUGACCCACAUAAGGACUUAAAGUCUGGAUAUCUUGGACUCUGCUGCAGACUGCAAACUCUGUUGAUUCAAACUAUUGCUGGAAGCCCCAUAACUUCAUGGAAGCUUAAUACUUAAUAGCUGGAGUAUUUAAGAUAGUGCUUAAGUUUGACACCAUUUGGGAACUGAAACUGUGCCAUUUGUGAGUUUUAGUUAUCCUCUCUUGAUCCUCCUCAUUUUUUUAGUAUUAUUUUUACUAUGUAUUUAUUUUUUAGUUAGUUUGUUUUGCAUUUAACCUUUCAUAAGUGUUAGGAACAGUGGACAGCCACUGUACAGCGCAUGGGGACUUUGGCCAAGGGCCAGUCUUCCAAAGAAAAACAAGCAGGAAGUUGUGAUUAGUAGUAAUUUGUCACUAUUCAGUCCAUGAAACUAACUUGUGUUACCUCCUGUACUUCAUUAGCACAGAAGGGACCAAUUAUUAGCAUUAUUAGCACUGAGUUUUUUCAUUAGACAGAUAGUUGAUAAGCCAAGUUGUUAUACUGAGUGAAGAGCGACAUGCAGAGAGUAAUAUUCGUAAAAGUUAAACAGUUUCCUCGGGAUACAGUCAGCUUUCUUUGUACAAAAUGUUGUUCCUUAUAAUAGCACUUGUUUGCAAAUGGAGUUAUAUGCUGGUAUAGUUUUGUAAGACACUGCAUGUUUUACUGUACAGAAGAAUAAAAACAAGUGGUUUAUGGUCUGAAUGUGGGUGUAAGUUUCGUUUCUUCAAACAUUUUAUUUUGGGGAACUGCAUCCUACUAUAACUGUGGUGUGUACACAGUGUUUGUAUGAAUAUGUAGUUCAGAAAACACAGCUUUAUGAAUAUUUCAUCGACCGCACAGAUGUAAUUCACAUUAUUAGUGAUCUAAAUGAAAAGACUUAUUAUUUUUAAGAGUAAACACAUCAUAAUGUAGUAGCAAACACAGUGACGGACAAUGGUGUGAGUUUAAAAUGAAAUGGAUAAAUGAAAUAAAUAUGCAAGAUGUUUGACUUGAAUGGACCAUGCACAAUGCAUUCAUAUUUUGAUGACAUGGAGUUUUGGUUUGGCCUCAUUUUGUUACUGUAUGUAAUACAUACCAUGCUUGU